ACACAGUGAGAGGAGGUUACGAGCGUUUAAACUACUACCUAUUACUACUACCCUAGCACAUUCGUACUCGACUCAACGUUAAAUAUAACGAAUACAAUCUAAAGAAUAAGCAUGGGUGAAAUUUACAAAUUGAAAUACUUUAAGAGUAAGGGAAAUGCAGAGAUCAUUAGGAUGGUGUUUUCUGCAGCAGGUCAGAAGUUUGAAGAUGAAAGAAUGGAUCGCGAGCAGUGGCUGAAGAUCAAACCAGAUUCGCCAUUCGGUGGUAUGCCGAUCCUGUCUAUUACCAAAGGCAAGACCGAAACCUCGUAUUGUCAGACGGGAGCUAUUGCAAGAACAUUAGCCAGGAAGUUCAAACUUGCUGGUGCCAAUGAAGAAGAGCAGCUUCUGGUUGAGGAAGUGUUCGAAUGCGUCAUGGACACUCAAAAAGCAAUUAUUGGGUUAUUCUCUGACAAAAACGACGACGCGGCAAAGGCGGCCAUAAAAGAUGAAUUUGUGAAGGAGUCGAUACCAAAGUUGGCCAAAUACGUUGAGUUGAGAUCUGGGAAGGGAAAGAACGGAUACAUUGUCGGAUCAGCGUUAUCUCUGGCAGACCUUGCAGUUUUUAACUUUGUUGACCAGACCGGAGGACUCGGGUUGGUGGACGCAUGGAACAAAUACCCUGUUAUCAAGAAACACCAGGAAAAGGUCAAAUCCGAAAAGAAAGUUGCAGAAUGGCUCAAGAAAAGACAAGAGUAUGAGCAAAAAUAAACUAUAGUUGUGGGCGCCGUUUGUGUUGUUAUUCGGCAUUGCAAUACGUUGUCUUUAAAUGGAGGUGGUUAACUCUUAGUAUACUUGACCGUCAAUGAUGUUACUUAAACUCGGAUUUGAUCCAUUCGAAUGGAAUGGUGACGAACAAAUUUGUAUUGCGUUAAUCAUCACUAACCAAUUGUGUAAAACUGGUAUGGUCAAUGUAGCCCAAAUGCUUAUUGAUUGGUCAAUGACUAGAUCAAUACUAUUAACCAACCAAAUCACUUUAAAUGAAAACUAGCCUAAAAUAACCAAUGGACAACUUAUCCAAGUAUACAGUUUGUGUGUCUUGCUCAAGUUCAAUUGAUUGCCAUCUCUGCAAAUGAACAAUUAUCACGAUAAAAAUGUUUUAAAAUUCUCAUUAUGUCCUAGUUAUAUAGUAUGUGAUUUGUCUUCAUCGUUUAUACUUUCCCAUGUGUUUGUUUUAAGUGUUCACUAUUUAUGUCCUGAAUAAACAAUUAAAAAUA